AAUUGCUUUUUUUCCUUUGCUUUAUUGAAUAUGAUCGGAUGAUGCGAUAGAGAAAAAUAAAAGUUCUUCGUUAGGUGAUCCACCUUUCUGAAGAAUGUUAAUUAUUUAUAAUUUAUUCAUCUCUUCAUUUUCUGAUUCUAUUCAUCUUCGUCGAGUACUUUUGCACAAAAAAAAGUGUUAAUAUAUGCUAAAUUAUAAAAUAACAAGAAUACUUUUUUUCUUAUUUUGUAUUGAUUUUUACGGAUAGUUUUUUAAGUUUACUUAAUUCUCGAUCAUUUGUAUAAGUAUACGCACUAAUAAAUAAGUAUACGCACUAAUAAACUAAUAUUAUUCUUAAUUAUCGAGUAAAAAAAAAGCCCCACAUUGGAAAAAAAAUCUAUGAUCAAUUCUCUAUUCAUUGAAUCAUAGUCAAGAAAGAAAAAUGAAUGCAUUAUGUAGCGUAAUUUUCUAUUUGACUAUUCUACUGGUGAAUGUUCAAGGAUCAGGUAAAUAAUUAUUUUUUGCUGAUGUAGAUUAUCUCACGAGAGAAGAUCCUCAUAGAUGUUGAAGUCGUUUAGACUCCAUAUUUUUGUCACCAGUAAACCUUCACGAAUUUAUUUUCAAGAUAUGAUUAUUUUAUUGGGUAUCACUGCUCAGCUUUAUAUACUAUUUGUUGAAAUAAGAUUUGAUAUAUUUGGGUUUUAUUUUAUAAAGGUCUUUCGAUUAAUCAACCGAAAUUUUGUUCAAAUGCAACAUGGAAUCCUGACGCUAUAACUCUUGCGAAUAGUACCACCCUUGGCGUUUUCCCCCAAGGUCUCUUUGUCAAUAUUAACAACACUGUUUAUGUGACUGCAACAAGCCGUAAUACUAUUUUCGUAUGGUUAGAAGGAAAUACGAAUCCACAAACAUAUAUUUCUUAUGGUUUGGGUGGACCAACUGCUCUAUUUGUCACUGCUAAGGGUACUGUUUAUGUUUACAACAGUGCGAAUAAUGGUACCGUAGAGAAAUGGGUACAAAUUGGAUCAGGUUUUAAUCUUACUUCCAUGUUUGUUAAUGGUACUUGUUACAGUAUUUUUGUCGACAUCCAAAAGAAUAUUUAUUGUUCUAUGAGUGAUGUUAACACAGUAAUAUUUUUCAAUCACAGUGCAAAUACAACAACUACUAUCGCAGGUAAUGGUACUGCCGGAUCCGGACCGUAUAUGCUAAGGAUUCCACGAGGAAUCUUUGUUGAUGUUGGUCUCAAUUUGUACAUAGCAGAUUGCGGAAACAAUAGAGUGCAAUUACUACAACGAGGGUAUACAAACAUGACAACUGUCGUAGAAUCUGGAUCAAAUGAAACAAUUGUAUUCGAUUGUCCAACUAGUGUUGUAC